GCAGAAGCUGCGUGCUGCUAUUUGUGCCAGACUGCAGCCCACCGCGCAGGCAGCCAGCAGCUUAUCGGACCAAACCAUUCCAGCUCUCCAGGUUGUAACACCUGCAAACACCAGGCGCAAUACUAAAAGAAAAACAAGUUAUAUUGCGGAUACAGGUGCCUACUUUGAGAUACCGCGGAAGUAUUUGGGACGCUGCCGCCCUGUGGACGCUGCAGCCGGAGAAGCUACGGCGACGAUGCGCGUCCAAGCUGCGCCGGUACCCCCACCGUGAGAGCGGCAGCAUCACACACCGCCUGCAAUGGCGCUGUAGCCGCUUCCAAGUGUGUUCAAACGGCUCCGUAGUCAACUGAGACUCUUUAAAAAACGUGGGCUCGAAAUGUUCGUUUGGAAAGGUUCUGCAGCGAGAGCGUUGGAGUGUUGCUUUGUGCACAUCUAGGUGCUUUCACUUCAUGUGCAUCACGCGUCAACCGGAGCCGAAGCCAUGACUGUCUGAGCAGUCCUGAAAGAAUUCAAAAAGGACCUAAAAUCGAUUGGACCAGCUUUGGCAGCACUGCAGUAGGUCAAACAAGGCCGCUCACUCCUGCGUUCUAAUGAGGCCACGGCGAUGCUGACACCCCCACUGAAUUCCAAGACAUCAUCAUGCUGAAGACGGAGGCCACGGCGGAGAGGACCAGCCUCCGGAGUGCCUCCCCUCACCGCAAUGCCUACCGGGCUGAGUUUCAGGCUCUCAAGAAGGCUUUCGACCAGCCUCAAAUCGAUGGAAACGGCAAGCCGAAGGACCUUGAACGAGUGAAACAACCGAGGGGCCGUCAGUAUGGCACGCAUGUCAGCCGCAUUAAAGACAUGUUCAUGCAGAUGGGCUCUGAGAGUGCCACCGGCAAGACAAGGGGUCAGGAUGAGUCCUCACCCCAGAAGCUGGUGAAGCCCACUAACUUCAUUAACAAGGCUGAUGGAUCUGUGAUAAAACUCCAGCAUUCCUCAUCAGCUGAACGGGUAGGGGGUGCCGGAGCAAAGUUCUCUGAAACCAGGAAGUUGUUUGAGCAGCAGUCACGUGACCAGUCCCAAUCACCAGUCUAUCCCUACGCACGUGACAAAAGAGGUUCCCAUGAGCACCUUGAUGAUUGGCGAGGUGCGAGGUCCAACAGAGGCAGUACGGACUCGCUGGACUCACUGUGCUCCAGAACGGAGGCUUCGUCGCCGACUGUUAGCCAACUUAGUGCUGUUUUUGAAAAUGCCGACCAACAGAACCAGGGUAUGCCCUUCAGAGGAGUCAGCAGACGGGCCUUGUACUCACCGGACGGGUUCCAUCGCCAAGGAGGGGAUCUGAGUGAGGACGACGCACGACAAUCGCCAAUACGUGGAACUUACCGCAACAGGAUAGGGGGUAAAUUCCCCACGUCGUUGUCUGCCGAGGACCUCCUGAGUCCGAGUCCUGGGGUGGAGACUGCAGAGCGAAAGCCAGUCCUACGAGACAAGGAAGACAAAGCUGGUAGGAGGCAACUUUCUGGUGCCACCACCAAUGGAAGCCAGGUUAAUGGCUCGUGUGAUGAGGAGGAGAACACCUCAGCAACAAGACAAUAUAUCGAGGAGGAUAUUGACGGCUCAACUACUGCAAAUGAUGAUGUGAUUAGCAACAAACAUUUUAAGGAUGCAACCCCUGAGGCCACCCCAACUUCUCCAGCUGGCCAAGAGGAUCUUACCAGAGACGACAAGUCUACGGAAUCACCCAAAGAAGAAGUGGAGGAACCCGAUGAGGACUACGCCGGGAAUGAGCGGGUGAUUUUUAACGCCGACGGCGACGCGUGUUACCAGGGUUGGGGGGAAAGUUGCACUGACCCCGAGGACGACCUAUAUGGAGAUGAUGAAGAUAUUGUCUACGACCCAGGCUCCGAUAUGACACAGAUUCCUGGUCUGCCGGAGGAAAACAAAGACGACAUCCCUGCAAAGAGGAAAAUCUGCUUCAGCACUGCUCCUAUUACAGUGUUCAACACCUACUCCAAUGAGGAUUAUGACCGGCGUAACGAAGAGGUGGAUCCUGUGGCUUCCUCAGCGGAAUACGAACUGGAGAAGAGAGUGGAGAAGCUGGAGCUCUUCCCUGUGGAGCUGGAGAAAGAUGACGACGGCUUGGGGAUCAGUAUCAUCGGGAUGGGUGUCGGUGCUGAUGCAGGCCUGGAGAAGCUGGGCAUCUUCGUCAAAACUGUCAUCGAGGGCGGCGCUGCCGAGAGGGACGCCAGGAUCAAGGUGAACGAUCAGAUCGUAGAGGUGGAUGGGACCAGCCUGGUGGGCGUCACACAGAGUUUCGCCGCCUCCGUCCUGAGGAACACAUCAGGAGCUGUACGGUUUGUCAUUGGCCGAGAGCGACCGGGCCAGCAGAGCGAGGUGGCCACGCUCAUCCAGCAGACCCUGGAGCAGGAGAGGCGACAGCGAGAGCUCCUAGAGCAGCAGUACGCUCACUACGACGCUGAUGAUGAUGAGCAGACAGGUGAGUACGCCACAGAUGAUGAGGAGGCGGGGCCUACCGUGGCGAGCGGGGAGAAGAGCAUAGAGGUGUUCGACCUGCCGGAGACUGACGACGUCCUGUCCCCUUCCGAUUUAGACGCCACUAAGCUGUACCAGAAAUUCAGAGAGCUCCAGAUCAAACACACGGUGACCGAGGCCGAGAUCCAGAAGCUUAAAAACAAGCUUGCUUCCGUAGAGAGGGAGAAGCAACGCUGGGAGAAAGAGAAGAGCCAGCUGAAGGCCAGCAUCGAGGAGAACAAGGAAAGGAUGCUGAAGCUGGAGAGCUACUGGAUCGAGGCGCAGACCCUCUGCCACACUGUCAACGAGCACCUGAAGGAGGCCCAGGCGCAGUACCAGACCUUAGAGAAGAAGUACAACAAAGCCAAGAAACUCAUCAAGGACUUCCAGCAGAAGGAGGUGGAGUUUGCCCAGAAGGAGGACGACGAGAGGAAGCGACUGGAGGAGGCCGAGAAAGCUCACCUGGCUGAGAUCCAGGAACUGCAAGUCAGGAUUGCAACAUUGGAGUCAGAGUUGAUGCAGCUGAUGAAGCAGAACAACAUCCAGGUCAACAACAACAACAGCAACAGCGCCGAGAGGCAUCGUGCUCUGCCGCACAGUCCCAUCAAAGCUGCAGCACAAGGCAGAGACCUGAGGGAGGGCUCCCCCCACUCACCCAGAAAAUUGAAGGGCUUGAGAGGAGACAGCAUCAGCUCGACGGAGGGAGAGGUCUCAGAGGGGCGCAGCAGUCCAGCCCACAGUCGCUCUGGUUCCAUUCGUAGUGCGUCCUCUGUUGAUGGAGCGGCCCCCAGGGGUCCGGCCAGUGCUGAAGGCUCCCCCCGGCGACUCAAUGAAGGUUCUCUUGCAACGUCAAGCCCCUCUCGACGUGGGGAGGAGCAGAGACCCGCCCCUGAUUCUGGUUGCGCAGAGCCAUCAGCGGAGGACAGCACACGGAAAUUCAAGACUUUGUUUACACGGCCACACUUCUUCUCCUAUUCAUAUUACCUGGGACCCACUAUGAGUGAGGAUCUGAGUGCCAGCAGCAGCAGCUCGGUGGAGAUCAGCGGGCUGCUCAGCGAAGCCAAAACGUUGGGACACAACUUGGCGCUCUCUUCUGAUGAGAGUCUGGAUAUGAUAGAUGAUGAGAUCCUAGAUGAAGGCCGGCUUUCGAAGCAGUAUCAGUGGCAGAACCGCAGCGUAGCAGAGUGGACCAUUCAGCAAGUGUCCCGCUGGCUCAUGGGCCUCAAUUUAGAACAGCAUAUCCCAGAAUUCACUGCCAAAAACAUAGAUGGAGAACAGCUGCUACAACUGGAAAGUGCUGACCUCAAGGUUCUUGGAGUCACUUCUUCCCAAGAACGCACCUUGAUCAAGAAAAAGAUUAAGGACCUUAAGGUUCUAAUGGAGAAGACGAAGAGGAACCGUGAGAAAGUGGAGAAACAACGUGAGAAACUCCGAAAGAGAGAGCUGGAGCAGCAGCAGAAAGAAGCACGAUAAGAAAGCCUGUAUCCCAUAUUUCUCACGGCUCUGCAGUCAUCGUCUUUGCAGGUACCGAAAGUCAAAAGGCCCCACAAAUGAACCCUGUGGGACGCCAUCUAACAGGUUUAAGCUCCAAAGGACAUUUUCGGGAGAACUUUUUCUACUAACGAGCAAUUUAAACCAAAACAAAAAGUUGGGUUAAAGGAUUCUGCCCUUUCAUUUUGUCUCAUUUUACAUCGAUUCUUUUUAGGCAUUUACAAAAUGACUCUCUUCUAUUUAUUUUAAUGUUUGUUGCUGUUUGUUGGUUUUAUUUAUUCAUCUUCAGAAUAUGUGAAAUAGUCAUCUUUAUCCUAUAUCCUCUGCAGAGCAACCCGUGUUAGCCCUUCCAGGACCUUUCGAUGCAUCAACCCUGUACAGUGAUGAUUACUGAUGUGCCAUUUUAAUAAUACUCAUCUUUAUGCUACUCUGACACGUAGAUCACUAGUAGAACUUGUAAUGAUUUGACAGAAGCUGGACCAUAUGAGGCAGUGCUCGGAUAUCACCACUAGGUGUCGCCAUGCUGCUUUGUUUCACUGGAACUUUCCAACACUGGAAGUGCAAAUACUGUAAAUGUAAAGCAGCAUAAACGCAGCCAAAACUUUAUGACUGCUUCUAUCGGAGACUUUUACGGGGAAAAUUUGUAAAUGACUAAACCUAUUCCACAAAAAACAAAUACAAAAAAAAUCACCUAAUACUUCCCUGAUAUAUACAGUAUACUGUUGCUUGUAACCCGCUUCGACCUCUUUUUGUAUUCUCUUUAAAUACCCAAAUGCUGCCUUUAGAAAUUUUAGAAAAUUUCACCUGCAGUGAUCAUUACUUUUUUUUUUCCUGUCAGAAAAAUCACAAAUGAUGUAAGACUACAAAUAUUUAGGAAGGCAGCCAUAUACAGUAUAUAUAUGAUGUAGAAGGUUCUCCUCUGUUCUCAGGCAUUGUUGUACAAAAUCUCAAUAUAUACUUUGAUGUUACACUGGAAAGGACAUGCAAGUCAUUUUUUUGCAUACCAGAGCAACAUUGUUUGACUUCUCUCUGUAGUUUGGGUUGUGAAGCGACGUUCCCUGUGUCACGUCCGCAUUCCUGUGGAUCAAUCUGUGGGUUUCCAACAAACACAGACACAGCGCUGUCAUCGAUAUACAGAUGAUUUGUGUAUGCUGACUAAGAGGAGUACUGAGGAUUCCGACUAGAUGCUUCCACGCAAUGAUGCAGCCCAGCUUUAUUUAUUUCUGUAUUUAAACAAAAUCACAAAUAUUUUUCCUGAAUUGUGAAAUUACUUUUCCCCAAAUGUUAUAUAAACUACUGUUUAAAAUGAAAUAGAAAUUAGCAAAAAUGUGAAGGCUUUUCAGGAAGGAGAGAACUAUGUGUUCCAUUGUGCUUUUACUUUUCCUGUCAUCCAUCCAUACGUUGCUCAAUAAACACAUCAUAAUCUAUUAUUCUAUAUUAUUUCUGUUCUAAUGAGAUCUGGUGCAUUCAAAUGUGAGAAUGUGUACGGGAGACAUUUUUUCAUGCAAUUUUUCGCACCUGGUGUGAUGAAUCCAACAUAUACUGAUGAGACACUGGUGCUCAUGGCAGGCCAAAACAAAAACGUGUUUGAGUCGUGCCCAAUAAGGGCUCAUUUGACAUUUGUCUUUCACAUAGUUGCCACAAUGUGCUUAUGUUCCUCUUCCUUUAUCUUGCUCAAGUUUUUGCAUUCUGAAAAAGUUUGAAAGGGCAGCUAUGAUUAACCUGUCACACCCAAUAAAAUGUGCUGUCACU